ACGAGGUCGUCUGUGGUGUGUGUGUCGCAGAUAUUAGCGGACGGCCGGACAAUUAGAAGGAGAAAUUCUCUAUUUUUACUCGCGCGGUCUGGGCCCGGCGUGUGUGUUCACGCGCGCCGCGGCAAAAAGCAACGCGGGCGGCCAAAUUUGGGUUCCGGGUACGAUGCACCGGCGCCUGAAAUAGCCGCAAAAAGGCGAAGGGUUCAAGGCUGAGAUGACGCAAAAGUAAACAAAGGAUUGGGGCCGCGCAUUAGAGCAGGAAGCCCCGAGUUGCUGCUGGCCGCCCGCCUAGACUCAUUCUCCUCUGGACGGCCGACUGGAAUGCGCCAUUGAAAGGAAUCACGAUGCUGGCCAACAUGAAGAGCUUUCUACAGGCCAUCAUCAAUGUGUCCGAGAAGGCGGCCAACAUUGCCCGCGCGUGUCGCAGGGAAGUACAGCUCUUCAGGCUUCUCGUUCAGGAAAAGAGCAACGAGGAAAAAAACCAGCGCUUUGUGCAGGACUUCAAAACGCUGGCCGACGUUCUCAUUCAGGAAACAGUCAAACAUGAGCUGGGAUCUAAGUUCCCCGAGUUGAUCGGCUUCAUCCAAGGCGAGGAGUCAAAUGUGUUCACCAACACGCUGGGCGAGACCAUCGAAGUGAAAAUAAUGGCAAGCCAAGAAGACACGGCCGAACUCUUGAGCAAAGUCUUAGACGGGGACAGAAGCGCCGCUGACCUAUUGGCCCUCGAAGUCCACAGAGAUGUGAUUAUUGAUUCUGAUAUUCCUCAAGAACUUAACGAUACAAACAAUUUGCUUCCCAUGGACACCAUAGGCAUAUGGAUCGAUCCAAUCGAUUCGACAGCUGAGUAUAUUCAAGGCACAGAAUGUUCACCUGACUCGCACGACAUUUAUGUUUGUGGACUCAGAUGUGUUACCGUUCUCAUUGGAGCCUACAAUAGGAAAUCUGGAGAGCCUAUGAUUGGGGUUGUAAACCAACCUUUCUUCCUAGAAAAUGGUGAUAGUUGGCGGGGUACUUUUUAUUGGGGUGUGAGCUGCGAGGGCACGGUUCGUAACUCGUUUAGCGCGCCUCCUUCACCAACCAGCACAGUCGUUCUAAGUGGAAGCGAAACUGAUGCACUAAAAGAAAACCUGGCCAAACAUUUUGAGCUAGUCGAAGCUGCAGGCGCGGGCUACAAGCUUCUAAGUGUUGCUCGGGGAUUAGCUGACAUUUAUAUUCUAUCAAGAGGAUCUACUUUCAGGUGGGACUCGUGCGCUCCGCACGCGAUAUUAAAAAGCCUGGGCGGUGGAGUGAUUCGCUACUGUGAAGUGAUGGAAAAACUGGCCACAGUGCGCGCGUACAAGGGAAACUUCGAGGACAAGUACGGACUGCGCUACCACCAGCAGGGACGCAAGGGCUGGUGCAACGACGAGGGCCUCAUCGCCUACUCAAGCCCGCAGAAUCUUCUAAAGCUUUUGACCUGCCUUGAAAGCUAACCAACCAACCAACCAACCAACCACUCACUUAAACUCUUUCCAAAUAGAAAAUGACAUUAAAAAUAACGCUGUUGAAAAAUGUGAGAAUAUUUUUACCUCUUCAAUCCGUAUAAGGAUGAAUUUUGAGAAUGAAAAUAAAGUUCUCGGAGCUAGUUGGCUUAUGUAAUUAAAUUGAUUGAUUUCACUGUUGCUGUUCUGCACAUGCAAUAAAAGUUCUUAUAUUAUUAUUCUCA